UGAGUUGCGCUCUGGGUCCCCGUUUAGGGCGGCGCAUGGUAACUUCAGACUGUUUGCCAACUCCGUGGUUUCCCAAUAUAUUUUUCUGUUUCUUGGGAAGGACUCUUUUGCUCAAUCGGUUCUCAGAAGUAGCCGCUGCAACCGCCCAUUUCAUAAAUAAGGGAGAUCCUUAAAAAGACAGCACCCUUGCUUACUAGUUCCAACCUCUAUUAAUCUUUUACUUCUAGCGGUUAGCAUCUGUAGCAGCGUUAGCAGCGCCGGGAUGCUUUCUGGGAGUCCACCACUUAAAAAAAAAAGUUUCAGUUUUUCUGAGGGAAUAAGAAAAAUAACUUGAUCUUUUUAUUCCUUCUUAUCCUAUCCUUCCCACUCUUUGGAGUAAUUGGAUAAAACAGGGCAGGGUGUUGUACCAUUGUUUCCUUUCACUUCUGAAGAGUUUCCAGUUUGUUAAUGCUUUAAAGAUCAAGUAGGUCCCCACUCCUCUCCGGCCCGUGAUGCAGGAAAAUGUACUCCUCGAGUAUGAGUCAGGAUGGAUUUCUGAGUAGUUGAAGAAGAAAGAAAAAGUAGAAAAGCCAGUUCAGUAGAGAGAGGACGAAGGCAAGACUAUGAAUGGCAAACGACGUUUUCUUCCAUACUUUAUCUAGUUAUGCAGAGCCUCUGGCCCUCCGGAGACAGUUGAAAGAGAAAGUAGUUUAUACAAUGCAAGGGCUAGUAGAUCCUGAUUUUCUCACGGUGGGAGGAGUCAGAUGGCCCUGCUGACUAGUGAAUACACUUCCUGCUGGAUGGAUAGCCCUUCUAGUUAACUCAUUUAAUGCGUAGUAAGUGUCAGAGUCCCUCACUCGGUCUAGAGUCAGACCCUUUCCUAUGGCUAGUAAACCUGGAAGAAGGCCCAAGCCACCACCGGAGCAGCAAUGGGAGGAACUGCUCACUUUCCAACAUUUCCAGAAAACGUCUCUCUCAAGGCACAGCUACGGUUAUGCCCAAGGUACCAUGAGAGCACUGAUCGAGAGUGAAUUCAGCAGAUUGAGAGGAAUUACAUACCUUGACCAUGCGGGCACAACUCUGUAUCCACAAAGUCAACUUACAAGGUUUAUGGAUGAUCUAACAAAAAAUGUCUAUGGUAAUCCUCACAGCCAGCAUAUCAGCAGCAAACUUACUUAUGACACUAUUGAACAUGUGCGGUAUAGGAUCUUAGAACACUUCAAUACUACUUCUGAAGACUACAGUGUCAUUUUUACCUCAGGAAGCACAGCUGCACUCAAACUGGUAGCAGAAGCCUUCCCCUGGAGCUCAGCAAGCUCAGAGAAUGAGGGAAGCAGGUUUUGUUACCUCUCAGACAGCCACACUUCUGUGGUGGGCAUCAGGAAGAUAGCUGAGGCAAUGCAAGUGUCAUCAGUUUCUCUGAAGCCGGAGGACAUUUUACUGUCAGAGAAAAGCAAUGGAGCAGUUUAUGAACCAGCCUGUGAGACCCCUCAUCUCUUUUGUUACCCAGCUCAGAGCAAUUUUUCAGGAACUAAGUACCCCCUUUCUUGGAUAGAAAUGCUGAAGUCUGGACGUUUGAGCCCCAUGACCACCCCAGGGAAAUGGUUUGUGUUGCUUGAUGCAGCCUCCUACGUCAGCACCUCUCCUUUAGACCUGACAAUCCAUGCAGCAGACUUUAUUGUUAUUUCAUUUUACAAAAUCUUUGGAUUCCCCACUGGCCUAGGAGCACUGUUGGUCAACAAUCGAGUUUCUCACUUUCUCCAGAAAACUUACUUUGGAGGAGGAACAGCUGCUGCAUAUCUGGUUGGAGAAGAUUUCUAUGUCCCCAGAAAAUCUGUAUCUGAAAGGUUUGAAGAUGGCACAAUUUCUUUCCUUGACAUUAUAGCAUUAAAACAUGGAUUUGAUAUUUUAGAAAGACUAACAGGUGGAAUGGAAAAUAUAAAACAACACACUUUUGCCUUGGCUCACUACACCUACACAGUGCUGGUUGCUCUCCGAUACCCAAAUGGAGCACCUGUGAUUCAGGUUUACAGUGAUACAGAGUUCAACAGUCCAGAGAUCCAGGGUCCCAUCAUUAACUUUAAUGUGCUGGAUGACAAUGGAGACAUCAUUGGUUAUUCCCAGGUAGAAAAAAUGGCCAGUCUUCACAAUAUCCAUGUUCGGACUGGCUGUUUCUGUAAUACAGGGGCAUGCCAGAGGCACCUGAAGAUCAGCAAUGAGACCAUCAAAAAAAAUCUUCAGGCUGGCCAUAUCUGUGGGGAUGACAUAGACCUUAUCGAUGGUCACCCUACGGGCUCAGUGAGAAUAUCGUUCGGCUACAUGUCCACUAUUGAAGAUGCACAGACCUUUUUGAAAUUCAUCAUAACAACCAGGUUAGGUAAGGCAGACAGUAAACUCCCCUUUCAGGUAACUCCUGGGGAAACUGCUGCUGUAACAGGAGAACCUGUGGUACAAGAUGAAUGGGUCAACAAGCAUGAAACUGGGAAAUUGGGCCAGGAAGAUGGCCUCCUACAAACUGAGCUGGACAAAUCCUCUAUGACCACGAAAGAGACGGAUUUUCAUCCCCCUGCGACUAAGCCAGGAGGUGGCCUACAGAUUCCUUCACUGACCGCUGCAGCAACACUAGAUGGACGACUCCCAAAGUUUACCAUCACCAAUAUCUAUAUUUAUCCCAUCAAAUCCUGCGCUGCUUUGGAGGUUACCAAAUGGCCCAUUGGAAAUCAAGGAUUGUUGUAUGACCGAAAUUGGAUGAUUGUAAAUCACAAUGGAAUUUGCCUUAGUCAGAAGCAGGAGCCUCGACUCUGCUUAAUUAAACCUUUAAUUGACCUGCAUCGAAAGACUCUGGUUGUCACAGCGGAAGGGAUGGAUCCUAUAGAUGUGCCUCUAGAUGAAAAUAAUGGAAAAGAGAAUCAGAUUUGUCAGAGCAAAGUCUGUGCAGAUAGGGUAAAUACAUAUGAUUGUGGGGAAAAAAUUUCAGACUGGUUGUCAAAAUUUUUUGGUCGUCAUUGUCGUUUGAUCAAACAGAGUUCAAAUUUCAAAAGAAGUGCAAAUAAGAAACAUACAAAAGAUUCAUCUCAUGUCACAACAGCCUCCCUUUCUCUGGUAAAUGAAGCACAGUAUCUCCUGAUAAAUAGAGCUAGUGUUCUGGAGCUUCAUCAGCUGUUAAAUGAAAGUGAUGAAAAUGGAACAAAAGAGUUAUUGCCAAUGAGAGAGUUAAUCGAACGUUUCCGUGCCAACAUAGUUAUCAAUGGAACCCAGGCUUUUGAAGAAGAGAAGUGGGAGGAGAUUUCCAUUGGUACCCUGAAUUUUCUGGUGUUGGGACCAUGUCACAGGUGCCAAAUGAUUUGCAUUGACCAAAAAACUGGACAAAGAAACCAGGAUGUUUUCCAAGCACUUUCUGCUUCUCGAAAGAGAAAGGUUAACUUUGGCAUAUACCUGAUGCAUGAGCCUUCAGACUCGUCUUCAUCAUGUUUCCUUUCAGUGGAAUCACAGUUGCUUCCUGUGUUGAAAGAUACAGAAAACCACUCUUAACAAUGCUCUUGAGGAAGGAAUGAACUUAAGGAUAACAUUCAGUGAAACAUAUUAGGAACAAAUCAAAUCUUUCCCAGCUAACUCUAUAAUCCUUACUACAAUUUGUAAAUUGCCCCCAAAAGCAUCUUGUCAACUUAGUUCUUCCAAAAAUGCUCUUAAGAAAACGGACUAGUCUGCUUCUACAAAGAGUGGGAGCUAGAGAGGAUAUUUCUUCCCUUUCUUCUUCUGAAUGAUACCCCAAUGAUAUCCAGAAUAGAUUUAUACUUGUAGAGGAGGGGAAUGAGAUGGAGAAAAGGAUUAGAAUAAAUAUCUCAUGUGAUUUGAGGUUAUUCAAGUCAUUUGUUUGAAUACAAAUGUCUUUCAUCAUAUAAUAUUUUGAAAUAAGCAGAAGUUUAUUAAAAUUCUUGGGAUAUUUUAAUUUACUUUUUGGUCAAUAUAAUACUGUUUUUGUGUGCUCUUUUUGUAUAUUAUAAAGAAUUUUGGGGUUCUUCCCUUACCACUAUCUCCUUGCUAUCAAGAAAAGUGCUAAGUGUUUACCUCUUGUAAUGGUUAGAAUGGGUGGUUGCCAAAAUAUUGUAAUUAACCCUUAAGUCACAAGACUGUUAAUAGCUAGAUUUAUUAAUAAGAAAAAGAAAAUAAGAGAGAAAUAUAGAAAGGAGGAGAAGAAUUUCCUAGCUUAAUAAUCCAGAGUCUAACAACUCAGUGUCUAUCUCCGAAUCUCAGGCUCACCCUCCCCCCAACCCCCACCAGCUUCCUGCUGGGUCUCAUCUUAUAAAUCCUUACUAUACCCACUAGCUUUCCUACAUCACUCCCCAGGAACCAAUCCCAGUUCCACAAUUAGCUUGGCACCACCCAGGGAGGCAGUGCCUAUGAAACCAAUUCCCUGGUUUCUGAUUGACCCAAAUUCAAAACAAAUGGAAGAGAAGUCUAAAUCUCUUAUUGAUCAAAUAAAAAUACAAAUUUCCUUCUCACUUAGAGAAUAGGAAGAUUGCACCUACCCACCAUCUGUUUUUUUUUUUUCAUUGUAAGCAGAAGUGUGUCCAAUAUACCAGGGAAUGAUUAUUAGCUAAAAUUUUAACUUCACAGCAACAGAGAAAUUCAACUCAGAACUUUUUUUUGGUAUAGUCUCCCAAUGGAACCAAUAAACAAAUCAAAGAAGGACUUUACCUUCCACAGCAGAAUCAAUAUUAUGUACUGAUUGCAAGGCAGAAGAGUGAUGAGGGCUAGGGCAAUGAUGGUGAACCUUUUAGAGGCAAAGUGCUGUGCCCACUCCCCACCCCCAUCUCACCCCUCCUGGUUUCCUCCUUGCCCUAGACAGAUGAAGGAAGGAAACAGUCCCAUUGGGCUGCUGGGUGGAGGGGUGGAUAAAGUGAAAAAAAUGUCCUCAGCACAGGUGAAGAGGGGGAGGGGAGUGGCUUGAGCUCCUCUCCCCUCCAGCUAUGCCACCUAUGAGCCUCUAACCUUACCCCCUGUGAGCUUCCACUGGGUUUCUGGGCAGAGGGGAGGGUGAAGUAAGGAAUGUCUGUAGGCAUGGUGGAGACGGGGAGGAGAGCAGCUCUGCCUGAGUCCCUCUGCCUUUCUAGUAAAGAUUGGGGGUCAACUUCUGUGUCCACAGAGAAUUCUCUGUGUGCCAUUUUUGGCACCCAUGACAUAGGUUAGCCAUCACUGGGCUAGGGCAAUGGGGGUUAAGUGAUUUGCCCAGGGGCGCAUAGCUAGAAAAUGUCUGAGGCCAAAUUUGCAGGCCUCCCAUCUCUAGGCCUGGCUCUCAAUUCACUGAACCACCCAGCUAAAGAAGGGCUUUAAAAAUUAGUUUCCUUGUUUUUUUUAAAUCACAUUCCAAACUUAAGUUAUAUUUCUUUUUAUGGCUGUGCACCUGUUGCAGAGGGCUCUAGAUCCUGUCAAAAGGAAGAAUAACCAUUUUUCUCUCCUGUACAUUGACAUACAGGCUGAAUCUACUGAUUGAAGAGUUUUCAUAGAAUAUUGGAAUGAAAGGGAACUGUGGGUAGCCAUUUGAUCCAAAAUCUUCUCCAGUUCUUAUGCUAUUUCUAGCAAAUGGCCAGACAAUCUCUAUUUAAAUAUUCAUGCUUUGUAAGGAGAGAAGCUUGUUCCAUGGUUUGGCCUAAUUAUUAGAAAAUUCUUAUGGUGAGUUGGAAUGUCUUUCUAUAAUUCCUUCUCAUUAAACUUAGUUCUGACUUCCUAAGGGAAAUCGCCUAAGGCAACUUCUUCUUUGACUUAUAUUGACCAGAGAUGAACACAACUUAUACAAUCUAGAAUUUCCCAUUUCUAAAGUAUCCUUUUUAUUUUUAUUGAGUUGUUUCAGUUGUGUCCAACUCUUCAUGACCUCAUUUUUGGGUUUUCUUGGCAAAAAUAUUGGAGAAGUUUGCCAUUUCCUUCCCUAGGUCAUUUUUAAUAGGUGAAGAAUGGGGAAAACAGGGUUAAAUAACUUGCCUGGAAUCAUUCAGCAAGUAAGUAUCCAAGGUCAGGUUUGAACUUGUGAAGAUGAAUCUUCUUGAUUCCAAGCCUUGUGUUCUAUCCACUGUGCUACCUAGCUGCUUAAAAAAAAACCAAAUGAGGGGGUGUCCCUUGAUUGGGGAAUGGCUGAACAAACUGUGGUGUCUGGUAGUGAUGGAAUAUUAUUGUGCUCAAAGGAAUAAUGAACUGGAGGAAUUCCAUGUGAACUGAAAUGACUUCCAGGAAGUGAUGCAGAGUGAAAGGAGUAGAACCAGGAGAACACUGUACACAGAAAGUGCAACAUUGUGGAAUGAUCAAAUGUAAUAGACUUUGCUACUAGCAGCAAUGCAAUAAUCCAGGACAAUGCCGAGGGACCUAAGAGAAAGAAUAGUAUCCAUAUCUAGAGAAAGAACUGUGGGAGUAGAAAUGCAGGAGAAAAACUUAUGACAUCACAUGGUUCUAUGUGUAUAUGAUUGGGGGGUUUGGAUUUUAAAGAUCACUCUAUUACAAAUAUGAAUAAUAUGGAAAUAGGAAUUGAGCAAUAAUACAUGUAUAACCCAGUGGAAUUGCUUGUCUGCUGGAGGGGGGAGAGAACAUGAAUUAUGUAACUAUGGAAAUAUAUUCUAAAUCAGUCAAUCAAUAAAUUUAUUUUAAAAAAAACCA